CAACAAUCAUGUCCGUCACUAAGGCUUACAGAUUCAUAGAUAUCGGAGUGAAUCUGACUGAUCCUGUCUUCCGGGGCAUCUACCACGGGCGAAAGAAGCAUGAAGAUGACUUUCUCGCCAUUCUGGAAAGAUCUCGUGCUGCUGGAGUGAAGUCCAUGAUCGUUACUGGCGGGAGCCUCUCCGAGUCAACUGAGGCAUUGAAGCUUGCAGAGAAGCAUGGUUUGUACGCAACAAUUGGCUGUCAUCCCACUCGGUCCUCCGAGUUCGACAAACACCCAGAGGGUCCUUUGGCAUAUCUAGAUGCGCUGGAUAAACUACUAGCUUCCAAUGGACAAGGGAAAGGAAGAGGUGUAGCAAUCGGAGAGUGUGGUUUAGACUAUGACAGGACCCACUUUGCGGCUAAGGAUGUUCAACAGAAGGCGUUUCGUUUACAGCUUGGUCUGGCUAAAAAGUACCAUAUGCCAUUAUUUCUUCACUCGCGAGCUGCGCACCAAGACUUUGUGCAAAUACUCCGAGAAGAAGGAUUGGGUGAGAACGGAGGUCAAGCGAACGGUGCAAAGGGAGGAGUUGUCCACAGCUUCACCGGUACUUCGGAAGAGAUGGAGGAGCUGAUGAACAUGGGUUUUCACAUCGGCUUUAAUGGAUGCUCACUAAAAACGGACGACAACCUGCGUGUGGUCAAAGGCGUUCGCCUGGAUAAACUUCUUCUUGAGACCGAUGCGCCUUGGUGCUCCAUGACGACUACACAGGCCUCAAGGGCCCACAUCGACACCCUUCCGGCAGAUUUACGCGCUCAAUUCUUUCCUUCUACUACCAAGCCUGAAUCAUUUGUACACGGCAAACCCACUAAAGGAAGAAAUGAGCCAACAGCAAUCGGAGGUGUAGCUUGGGUUGUUCAUAAGUUACAUCCUGACAUACCAUUCGAGAACAUCACUGAGAUGAUAUAUAAGAAUACUGUGGAUUUGUUUGGACUAGAAAUCAACGCCACAGCAUGAUAAUGUUUAUUCACUUUAC